AUGAUGUUUGACGUGAACUGCGACAAAGGAUACGUGGAAUUUCUAAAAGAAGCAAAAAUCCUUCACAAAAAAAUGAAUGAUAUUCGACUAAUGCAAGAGAAUAAGUUUGCCAGAAUGAGCGGUUCUCUUAUCAGUGGCUUUGAAAAUAUUCGAGUUCUCCGCAUUCUUUCCAGCCUGCUUCGCGAAACAUGUAUGCUACAUGCAUGUGAACACGACAAUUUCAAUAUGGUCAUCCAAAAAUAUCGAGAUGUCGUUCGUAGUGUUGAAGAAGAACACCUAAAAAUUUUAAAAUCGGGUAUUGAUGAAGUUGGCGAAGAAGCGGAAUACGAGAUCAAAAUGGAAUUGAAUAGUGACAUCGCGGAGGAUCAGAGUAUUGGCGUUUACGCUUCAAGGUCGAAGCUAUUAAGGAAGUGUUGGUAG